AUGGAACGAGGGACUGGAAAAUUGCGAGAGUGCGCAGAAGAGCAGAAGAAUCGAUAUCAAGUUGGUUGGGGGAGAAAGAUGUGUGGAAGAUAUCGUAGAAUGAGGAGAGUGAAUAAAAAAAGUGCUCGCGAAUUUCAGAAUUAUUGAAUUGAAUUCAUUUCGGGCUGGUAUCGUGUAGAAGUUGUUGGCGAAAACAACAAAAUUAAUUAGAGGAUGGCCACCCGGAAAAAUAGAAGAAGCCACAAAAAAAGAUGGAUGAGAAUUAAAAAGAAGUCGAAACCCAGAGAAAAAAUAGUAAUUUUAUUUAUUUUUUUUUUUGAAAAAGAAGAAAACGAGAAGCGGAAAUUGGAUUAUGUAAAUGUAUUGAUGAUGUUAACUGGAAAAUGAAAUUGGUAUAGAUAUGUCAGAAAAAAAUUAGGAACGCAGAGCACGAAAUGAGCAUUUUUUGAAAAGUUGAAAUUUUAUUCGACGUGGAUUUUUCAGCCGGAAAACCAGGUGAAUAAUUUUUUUAAAGAUCAAAAAUUGUGAAUUCAGAGAUUUUUUCGAGAUUAUGGCUAAAAAUGCCACGUGAAUUUUGAUCUGAGAAUUCUUAACUAGCUGCAAUUCUGCGAAGUGCCACGUAGAAUCAUUGAUCAAAUUAUUCCACGUGGCUGCGCAAUUUUCUAUUAUCAACGUCAAAGUGGCUGGCACCGAAAUGAGAAAAUAAAUUCAAAAACCCGUUUUCGCGGGGAUACCGUACACACAAGCACGCCCCUUUUUUCGCUGCGAGAUAUCGCAGUUGGGUAAAUCGGUGCGCCUUUAUUUCAAUCGAUUUUUUUUUGUUUUUUACGCAAAACCGGCGUUUAACUUGGAAACGUCGAGUAUUACUAGCUAUUUAUCGAUGAUUUAGGCAGCAUACGACAUCUGGAGAAAGAAGGUAAGAUUUUUCAGUCGAAUUUCCAUUGAAAAAUCAUGAUUUUCAGGAUUUCCGCCAAAAUCAACCGGAUCUUCGCCAAUUUCGCCGAAAAUCAACCGGAUUUCAUCGAUAUGUUCAACAAAAGCUGCAAGAGCAAACUCUUCCAGGUUCAGGUGAGAAUGUUCAUUUGAAUUUUCAUGAAAAUGUGAAGAUUUUCAGGUUUAACAGCAACAACUUCGGGAAUUUCGCCGUUAUUUCGCUCAAAAUUUGCCUUUUUAAUAAUUACCUGA